CAGCUGACGAUAUGUCUAUAAUUUGCAUACCUUUCAAAUCAUUAAAAUAAUUUUGGCUAUUUGCCACUAUCCUAUUUCAUAAGUAAAUUUGCCUGCGUUUAAAGACAUUGGCCGUGAUCAAGAGCAACGAAAAAAAUAAGUAUGUGCAACGAACCUGACGUCAUGGGAAUACCAUAUACCAAUACUUAUGCUUUUGUAUACAGAAUGUAAUUAGUUUUUAUUCUCAAUAAUGUUAACGCCACCAAACGAGGAAGAUGCUUUGGCAGAAGUAUAUUAUUUAACGCAGGAAACUACAAAAAACUGGCGUAAAUUAUUAAAAUACGGAGAAACAUUGGAAGUGGAAACAAAAAGGAAAUUAUUAUGGUUAUGGCCAACGGAAAAGAAUUUAUGGCAAAUCAAUAAACUAUUAAGAGAAUACAAUAUAACGAAUAUUUUAAGUAUAGGCUGCGGUAAUGGUUUAUUUGAAUGGUUGCUAAAAGAGGUUCUUAACUUACAAGUUUAUGGCUUGGAAGUGGAUCGCCAGUGGUGGCUUAGUAAUUAUGCUAUUAAAUCAUUUAUACCUCUGAAUUAUAUGGAAGAUAUGAAAAAGGAUUGUACACCUGCUAGUUUUUUACAAAAGUGUUGUGUUUUAAAUAGUUGGAAUUUUGCUUUAAUGUUUUGUUAUUUUAAUAAUCGUUCAGCAUUUUUAGAAUAUUUAACAUUUUAUGAAGGCAAUUAUAUAAUAAUAGUGGGGCCUUUAGAGAAAACAGAAAUUUAUACUGAUCCUUUACCAUUAGAACCAAAUCUUCCUGAAGAUUUAGCAGCAAAAUGGACUUUAAAACAAACUGUACCUAUAGAAAAUAAUAAUAUUUUAGUUUUAUAUGAAAAGAACAUAAAAAGUGAUGAUAACUAACCGAAACUUUGUUUUGUUGCUUUCAUUGUGUGUUAAGUUCAAAGUUAGCAAUGAAAUUAUCUUUGAAAUCUAGCAGAAAACACAAGUUAUAAGAAAUAAAAAACAAACAUCUAUACAA